AUUACAACCCACAUGGAGAUAAAACCCACUGGAUUCUUGAGCGCCAUUGCAAGUUUAACACCAUAUUCAGAUUUCAACCAAAGUCCCAGGAAUAUGUAUCAAUGUCAGGUUCGAAACACUUCAUUGAAAUUGUCAUCUACCCAAACGAAUAUGUAGUCUUGACAAGCCACGACUUAGUGAUUAUCACUACCAAAUUUUAAAAGCUCUAAAUCCUUGCUUCUACUUUAUUGUAUAGAUGGGUAAACAAACGAUGGGAACACCAUGCCAUUCGCUUCCAUUUCGUGGUGAUAAUAAGCUCUAUCGGAUACAGGUCAGUUUAAAAAUUCGUGCCCAAUUUACAUACAAAUGAUCAAAUGGGCAUUACAAUAUAAUUGGCAUAUACCUGUAACUAAUUUACAUUAAAAAUCAACAUUGUUACCUUAUACAUAUAUAGAAGAAUACAAUAAAAAUAGAUUUUAAUUUUCUUAAUCUACGAGCACAACUUAAAAUUAUUAGAUAAUUGAAAUAUGAGUUUUAAAAGUGUCUAUAUAUAUAUAUAUAUAUAUAUAUAUAUAUAUAUAUAUAUAUAUAUAUAUAUAUAUAUAUAUAUAUAUAUAUAUAUAUAUAUAUAUAUAUAUAUAUAUAUACGAGUAGGUUUGUGUAUACGAAACGCAAAGAGUGCUCAAUAUCAUAAAGAUAGAGCAAAUGUAGAAUUUCGCUUACCUCAAAAUUCCGCAACAGUCUGUUUCAUCAGUAAAGAAUCAUCAGGCGGUAUCAGAUACCGCCUGAUGAUUCUUUACUGAUGAAACAGACUGUUGCGGAAUUUUGAGGUAAGCGAAAUUAUAUAUAUAUAUAUAUAUAUAUAUAUAUAUAUAUAUAUAUAUAUAUAUAUAUAUAUAUAUAUAUAUAUAUAUAUAUAUAUAUAUAUAUAUAUAUAUAUAUAUAUAUAUAUAUAUAUAUAUAUAUAUAUAUAUAUAUAUACACUGGAUCCAGAAAAGUUUGACCUUCGAAUAUAUAUAUAUAUGUCGGCCAUUUUGAAUUUUCUUGGGUUAGUUAUACGCGAACGCAUACAUCAAAUGUCGCUCGCAACGUAUUGUAUAUUGCAAUAUUCCAACAGCUCAAAUAAGUAAAGGAUCAUUGCUUGAAGUUCUUACACAUAUUUGUAGUAGCUAUCUAAUGAACAUUUGAGGGUUGUUAGCUAAUUAACUCUUGUCACAAUUUGGAACCUGAUCUUUUUGGCAUGUCGUAAUUUUAUUCUUUUGCAUCCUUAGAGAUUUAGACGCUUAUUGGCAUGCCUCGAUGAAUUUCUUUGUUUAUUCUUUCGUAUUCACUUGUGCUUAUUUUAUAGCUGUAACCUACGUUCAGAAUUAUUAUAUUUUGCCAACGGAAAUUUUAACGGAAUCGAUAGUCAUUCGAUAUUUCAUCCCCUGAAACUCAGCACGCGCAGCAUUCGUUACCUGGCGAAGCAGGUCACUAUGUUCAUUUCCAAAUGUUCAUUUCCUACUAGCCAUUAUGAUUAUGUGCAAAGACAUCAAUCAAUUAUUCUUUUAUUCAUUUGAGCUGUUGGAAUAAUAUUGCAAUAUACAAUACGUUGCGAGCGACAUUUGAUGUAUGCGUUCGCGUAUAAUUAACCCAAGAAAAUUCAAAAUGGCCGACAUAUAUAUAUAUUCGAAGGUCAAACUUUUCUGGAUCAAGUAUAUAUAUAUAUAUAUAUAUAUAUAUAUAUAUAUAUAUAUAUAUAUAUAUAUAUAUAUAUAUAUAUAUAUAUAUAUAUAUAUAUAUAUAUAAAAAAUGGUUAUCUUUCCCGCGCGUAAUGCAAAUAUAUACAAAAUUUGCGAACUUUACAGGGCUAUAUUUUCCCCAUUUUACAACAAUUCGCAACCAAACUUUGCAAUUUUACUCAUUUGAAGAUGCUCUUUCCAGCUAUGGUAAUGGAUUUCGUUCUUCUUAUCCAGAUCAAAAUUUCGUCUAUAGCUGGAAACAUUAGGGAAUUGUAUAGUUUAGGUGCAGCCCAGCUUUAUCACCUGAUGUCACUUUAGAACUGCGUAUGAAUCAAGCACAUGCAAAGCCUGUGGUACAUCGCAGGUUAUACGCCGCCAGGUAGACAAGAACGCCACCAUGCAUGAUUUGCUUUUAAGGUUAAAAGCAGAAUCUCUUAGACUUUAUUUUCAGAAUAUCAAUCAUCCCUUGUUUUAGGUGGUUUUUUUUUAGAUUUACAGAGGGUUAUAUACUAUCAACAGUUAUAUAAUUAUUCCUGUUAAAUAUUUUUAUGCUUUUGUAUGAGUUUAGAUAUUUAAAAUGAUGUGUGCUUUUCGUGAUAUUUUUCUGUGCAGACUCCACAAUGUCCACUAGUUCGACCCAUGGCUCAUGAUGAGUUUAAUGUUGAUAAUUAUCCCCUGGGAACGAACGCCGUUGUGGCUGUUAUAUCUUAUACGGUAAAUUCUGCAACACUGGAAUACAUAUAGUUUAUUAUAUUUUACGUAAAUUUUAUUAGCUUGUCCUAUGCAUUUGAAAGUUGUACAGUAUGGAUCAAUCUAUAAAUUCUCAGGCCUAUAUGCGACCACAAUCUAAAGUAAUUUCCGAUCCAAAUCCUUACCAUGAUCCCAAACUUUUCCCAAUCCUUACCAUAAUCCUAACCCGUAUUUUAACACUAAAUCCUAACUGUAAUCGAAAUACUGAUCUUGAUAUAUAUAACCCUGACCUAAGUCUAAUCUUAACCUGACACUAACCUGCAGUUGUGCACUUUUAAGAACCGAUUACAAUUGCGAUAUUUGCUGCGAUUUCUAGCACGAUUUUCUUCUUCUGAUGGAUGUGAAGGAGGCGAUAGCUAGGAUAUGAAUGUUCUGAGUAUUAUCACAGAUGAGGUAAGUACAGAUGUGAAUCUCCUGUGAAAUUGCUGAUUGUUUUGUGUCACACGGAAUUCUCACUUCCGGCGAGCGCUGGCAAGUGUCGUUCUGAAAUUUAAUAAGGAAAGAGAUAGGAAAACGCUGUUCGAAAGACGAAAAAUUGUUUUUUUAAAAAGUCUACGCUACCGACGGCUAUUUUUGGAAUUAAUUCUUCAAGAGUAACGGCAAGCGAUCACUUUUAUUGAUUUCUUUUUAUUAAAAGUGUUAAUAUAACAUUUUAUUUAGCAAAAGUUUGUUUUUUUCCCUAUCUACUUCUUAUUAAAAUCGUGAAAUACACUUGCUGGAAAUUUCAGAUGCUCGUGUAUAAAUAACAAAACAGCGAAUGAUAUAAAUGCCUCAAAACAUAACUCUCGCAUAAAAAAAACAUGAAUACUUCUAUAAUAUGUAUAGUUUUAUUCCUCUGCAUUCUCAAAAUUUAAUAAAAUAGUGAAUUAAUACAAUUUUAAAGUUUAUUUAAUCCGUGUGACACAUUUUCACAGGAGAUUCACAUCUGUAUUACCUCAUCUGUGGUAUUAUAUCCUCAUCUGAACAUUCAUAACUCAUUCACUUGUUUACAUCCACCAGAAGAACAAAAUCGCCCCUAAAAUCGCAGCAAGAAGUGCAAGUGUAAACCGGCCUUUAUAUGGAAAGCAACCCAUAGUACUUCUUCAUCAAACAGAAAAUUGCAGUAAAUAAGUUUCAUUAAUAAUUAGUCUUUGAAUUGUGAUUAAUUCAAACUGGCCAUUGUGAUGUCGUUGCAAGGUCUUUGACUUUAACGGAAUGUCAAAUUUCUGUUUCAGGGUUACGAUAUGGAGGAUGCUAUGAUAUUAAACAAGUCUUCAUUUGAGCGAGGCUUUUCUCAUGGCACAGUUUACAAAACAGAG